GUAUUUCUCAAAUGCUCUACAAUCACUGUGGUGUCUUGCAUUGCUGUCUUCAAAUUUCACACAAACUACCUCCUUCCUCUUUUGGCCUCAUUCACUAGUGGGAAGUGGCAGAAGGAGGAAGUACAAGGAGAGUAGGAGAGAGAAAAGCACUAAAAUGAAGUAGCGGGGCUUGUGCUGCCAGCUGAGGACAGGGCCCCUCACAACAAGAAGAUGCACCUGCUGCUGCUCUUCCCCUUCUGGCUUUCAGUAACUAUAGUGCCGACCACCACUUCUACCAUCGCUAUUCCCACUACAUCAUGCCACCCCAGAAGAGACCAAAUCCUCCUCGACUGUGAUUAGCCGCUAUACCAAUGGAGCAGUUCCCGUGAAGCUCCUCAUUCCCCUCAUCAUUGCUGUGUUGCUGCUUCUCUUGGUGGCGGUCUUACUCCUGAAGUGGAGAAUGCUGAAGCGACAGAAGGAAGCUGCUGGGAGAUCCCCAGAGCAGGAACUACAGCACCCAGAGGGUGAAAUCUACACAAACCUGACAUUACAGCAGACUGAAGCCUCCCUCAGCUCCCCCCAGAAAAAGGCCACAGACCCCUCCCUGGCCCAGGGAGACCAGGAGGAAGUGGACUACACCAUCAUAGCCUCCUUCCAGAAAGAAGACAUUUCCUAUGCGACUCUGUCUUUGGAUACCUCAAAUCCAGAGCCAACCUAUGGCAACAUGGAUUACUUCAGCACCCACACACCCAGCAGGAGCCAAGAGGAGCACAUAGAAUACAGCAUCAUCCGUAGGACCUAGUCUGCGCUCCAAGGCCCCUCUCUGGCCCUACAGUGUCGCCUCACGGGGACCAGCCAGUGACUGAGGCUUCUGCUCGAUGCAGCUGGUAUCACUCCAGCUCGACUUGGAUUUGAGACUAGACUUGGGGGACUUCUGGGAGUUGGAAAGAGGUCUCUCCACAUGCAUUCUACUCCAAGAUAGUUGUGGGAGGGGGAUGACUAGGGAUAUGCUGUAGCCAUGUUAAAGUUGAUGAAGAUGAUAAUAAUAAUAUUUUUUUAACCAGAGCACUGCUCAGCUCUGGCUUAUGGUGGUAUGGGCACUGAACCUGGGGUCUUGGAGGUUCAAGUCUUUUGCAUAGCCAUUAUGCUACUUCCCCAGUCAGUAAUGAUAAAUUAUAGCAAUUAAUCUUUAUUUAUUGCUUACUGUGUGUGUGGUAGGCUGAAUAAUGCUCCUCCCCACAUAUCUAUGUCCUAAUAUAGCAAAAGAACUUCUUAGAUGUAAUAAACCUGAAGGUUUUGAGAUGGGAAGAUUAUUCAGAAUUUUUCAGGUGGGCUCUAAAUGGAAUCACAAGGGUCUUUAUCAGAGAGGGGCAGGAAGGUCAGAAGAGAGACAAUAAGAUGAGAGAAUUGGAAGCUGGAGUGAUGUUGCCAGGAGCCAAGGACACCACAGCCUCUUGUAGGCACUGGAGUCUCCAGAAGCAACCAGCCCUGGUGACACUUUGACUUGAACUUAGUGAGACUGGUUUAGCACUUCUGGUUUGCAGACCCAGAGCAUAAAUUUCCAUUGUUCCAGCUCUGCCACUAAAUCUGUGGUAGCUUUCUACAACAACAGUAGGAAAUAAUACCUGUGGGGAAGGUGCCCUGCCCUACAUGCUUUAACCACACUAAGUAAAGUGAUUCUCACCAAGA